UUACGAACAAAAUAUGAAAGAAAAAGUCUCARACUGGUCUGAAAGCACGCUUAAAAACUCACAGUCUUGACUUUAGAAGUGYCGUAUGUUUGWAUUUUACAAAGAUUGAAGACUGGCACAAGAUUUUACUUAUUUAUAGCAAGGAUUAUCGGCGGGACAUUUGAAAAUUUGAYAUGGCCAUGAUCGAGACUGUCAAACAAAGACAACGAAAUGCAUUGGACUUUGGGUUCUGCUACGAGAAUCUUUGUGCUUUACAAAACUCUUGUCCAUUAGGAACUCUAACAGCGAACUUAGAUGAAUAUAUUAUCGACUGCAAUGCUGAUAGAAUACGUGCAAAUGACUGGGUUCCGAUUUGGAAUGCUUUGAAGAUUAACAAGACUUUGAAAAAGGUCGCGUUUCGAAGCUACUGGCAGCAAACUUUAUUUCCAGAUAAUGAAUUCUCAGAGCAAAGACUGAUGGCCUUGAAAAAGAAAGCACCAACAAUUCGAAGCAAAGAUACAACUUAUAGAUUAUCCAGGUCUUUGAAAGAAUGUUUGUGUGUAACUGAAASUCUAUCAUGUCUUGUGCUGCAAGGAAUACCUUUAAGAGAAAAAGACCUGACUUGUCUUGCUAAGGGGAUGACAAAGAACCACACACUCAGCCAUUUAUCACUUGAAUUCUGUCAAAUUGGUGACAGAGGAGUAGAAGUCCUGUCAAAUGCAAUCAAGGGUUCACGGUCCAUCAUGUCUGUUGACUUCACUGGUUGUAGUUUGUCUUGGAAAGGAGCUGAAACGCUGGCUAAAAUAAUCAAGUUUCAAGCGACCAGGAGGCAUGGUGCUGCCUGGCAAGAUAGUCUUCGAUAUCGCAGGCCAGACUUGGACAGAAUGUCAGGUAUCAGAAGAAUAACAGUGUGUAAAAACCCUCUCAUCAAUGACAAAGGUGUUGAAUUCAUCGCUGAAGCUCUGAAAGAUGACUUAUGGCUUAAAGCGUUGGAUCUUCAGCAAUGCGGUAUUUCUACUGUGGGAGCCUUGGCCUUUCAAUCUGUUCUUAAAUUCAACACAACAUUAACAGUUUUAGACCUCAGACUGAACCCACUAAUAGACCGUCAUGUUAUGUCAGCUUUGAUGGAACAGAUUAUUAUCAACUCARAUGAGCAAGAUAUGGAGUAUCCYUGGAUUGUGAUUGAAGAACCCAAACCAGGUAGAAUAAGACCGCUAAAGAAAGGUGUUAAAGGACCCAGAACAGUAUCUACAGCUUAUGCACGCAAGACAACAAGGAAUGGYUCUGUGGGAACAAGAAGUAGGAGUGCAUCUGUUGGGUCUCCUGUGGUAAGAACAAACAAAAAGCCUGGUACGGGGUUUGUGCCGUGGAGAACUGCAGCAAGAGUUGGCAAAAACAGGCACAAACUGGACAGACAAACAGACGAACAGCAGACGUACAGAAUAAAAACCAAAAAGAAAAGGAAGCAGCAACAGCAAGAGUUUGAACCACCAAAAGCAAACAGUUCACCCGUCGUGAGUGACGAUGANCUUCAAGUGGAAAACAGACGAUUGCAGCAAGAGUUACGAUUACGGAAAGUAAAAUCUGCUAAUAAUAAGGCACCAUUGACAGCUUCACAAGGCUCUGCUGGAAAUGUUUCAAAAGAUCGUAACGGCAAGACCCUUUUAGACGACGAUCGUUUCUUGGAGAGUAUUGAAGCGUCAUUUAAACAGUUUUAUCAGUUCCUUGAUUUACUGAAAGGCAAAGGCAAGCUAUAUUUUGACCAUGCUAUGAGGAAAGCAUUGUCGGACGGGAAGGAAGACGAAUUAGGUUUCACUAUAACUCCCAGAAGAUCUCGAAGGUACCCAAAAGUCGUUCUUGCCGACCUCGAUUUCGCAGAUGACAUUGCUCUUCUGUCUGAUGCCAUCAUACAAGCCCAAGAGCUCCUCCUCAGAGUUGAGACAGAAUAUAGCAAAGUAGGGCUUGGUUUGAAUGAUCCCAAAACAAAGUACCUGGCCUACAAUAUAGACGUACACACUCCUCUAGUAACCAGAUCAGGAACUGUGUUGGAGCAAAAAGACGAUCUCAAAUAUCUUGGCUCCUGGGUUGAUAAGUCGAUAAAAGACGUCAAUAUCAGAAAAGCACUAGCCUGGAAAGCCCUCAACGACAUGAGCAACAUCUGGAAGUCCACUAUGAACCCAGUCUUAAAAAAACGAUUCUUUGUUGCCACAGUCGAGUCAAUCUUGCUGUAUGGAUGUGAAAGCUGGACCAUGACGGAGACUAUGGUGAAAUCACUCAGUGGUGCCUAUACCCGUAUCCUGAGGAAAGCCCUGAAUGUGCACUGGAGCUCCUGUGAGGUCACGAACAUUGUCAACACGGAGUACGUGACAAAUAUAUUAUUUCAGCUUCAAGUGGAAAACAGACGAUUGCAGCAAGAGUUAAGAUUACUGAAAGUAAAAUCUGCUAAUAAUAAGGCACCAUUGACAGCAUCACAAGGCUCUGCUGGAAAUGUUUCAAAAGAUCGUAACGGCAAGACCCUUUUAGACGACGAUCGUUUCUUGGAGAGUAUUGAAGCGUCAUUUAAACAGUUUUAUCAGUUCCUUGAUUUACUGAAAGGCAAAGGAUAUGGUGAUCUGGUUCGUGCUUUACAAGAGAAUGGUUUUCCUGUGUCACCUGAACAAUUCAUUCAACAAAAAGACUAACUGACUGGGCUGCCUGUGUACUUUAGAAGAAACACGUAACACCCUGGAAACAAGGAGUUUUAUUUUGAUAAUAGUUGAGUUUUUCGRCAUUGUAAAUACUAGAUAUCCCCAUUGCAUUUUGGGAUUGAUUGGGAGGACCCUUUUUUAUUCGAAUUGUGGUAGAUAUUUUGAAACUCUUACUUUGAUGUAAGUAAAACUACUUCAAUGCUUAAAACGAUUAAUAGUCUAAUUGUUAAGUGGAAAACAAC